AUGCCGGCGGAUUUUCAGCUUUGCGCCCCCUCCCCCUCACCGCCGCUUCCUCCGGGGGACGGUGUAGAGGUAUCCAAAAAACCCCAGCGCGUGCCUGCCUGCCUAGCGGCUCUAAUCCCUAGCGGCUCUAACAAUCGAAAGCUCCCUGGACCGCCCGCACCAGGCGUCGAUGCACGCGAAGUGAUCCUGUGCGUGGGCGGACGCCGCUUGGACGGCACGGUGGACGUGUUCAGUCCGUCGAUCCCGGCCGUGUGGCGUCUGCAGCAGCCUGAAGCCCGCUUUGUGGAUCCCUGCGGCGUCAUGGUGCGGGACGGCAGUUCGCUGCUGAUCGCCCGAUCGUACGACGUGGUGACCAUGCAACGGGACAGCCGCUACGUCGGCCUGGAGGAGCAGUGGCGCCGGGGAGCCCGGAUGAAGAUCGACCGGCAUGCGCCCGGUCUGGCCGCGCUGAAUGGGCGCAUGUUCGCGGCCGGCGGUUUCGGUUCGGGUACGGGUAGGGGUCCACUGGCGUCCGUGGAGGUCUACGACCCCAGCAGCGAUGCCUGGAGCGCGGUGGCCGCGUUACCCGUUGGUCUGGCCCGUUUGGCGAUGGUCGGGUGCGGCGGUCGGUUGUACGCCUUCGGAGGCGAACGCAACGACGACCGGGACGCCAGCAAGUUGGCUUUGGCGUACGAUCCCGCCGCCAAUGCUUGGAGCCGACUGGCCGACAUGCCCACCGCACGCGGCUGUUGCGUGGCCUGUGUUGGUCCCAGCGGGCUGAUUUAUGUCAUUGGUGGCUCUUCCUGGACCGGCUAUGCACAACGGAUAAUACGUAAUCGUCGGGACGGGACGGGGCGCUGCGUGGAAGCAUACGAUCCCGUUAGCAAUCAGUGGCUGCUGAAAGGGGACCUGGUCAUGCGGCGCAGUGAGCCCGGCUGUGUCUGCCUGGACGGGAAGUUGUACGUGCUCGGGGGAUACGUCGAUGAGAACGGAAGGGACUGUCUGGACAGCAUCGAGGUGUACGACGAAGAGGCGGACCGCUGGGAGCUGCACGAGUGCCGCUUGCCGCAGGCCCGGUCGGCCUUUGGCUGCGCGGUGAUGAAGCUGCGACGAGAAUGA